AUUCUGACCAAAACUGUAACUGAAAUUUUCUCUUUAACAUGGCGACUAGAGAUCUUCCAAAAUCGUUUAAACAGUUAUCGACUGGCUGGAUCCAACACUUGGAUAACGAGAUUACCUUCAAUAGGAAGACACCAUCCCAAAUAAAAGAGGAAGAAGAUCCCAAUUAUGUGCGUAAGGUUAAGAUGAAAAAUUUAUGGCCAGCCUUUUGUGCUGGUGCCGGUUUAUUCUCUGAAGGUUAUGUGAAUAAUUCCAUUUCCACCGUGUCUACCAUUUUGUCCAGAAUUUAUGGAACAGCCUAUUCUGAGUCCAAUGCUAUUUCUAACGUCUCGUCCAUUGCCUUUGUGGGUAUCGUUCUCGGACAAUUAGGUUUUGGGUAUGUUUCUGAUCAUAUCCACAGAAAAGGAGGUAUGUUAGUUGCCAACGUCAUGUUGAUUUUCUUCACCUUGUUGACAGCCGUUGGUACUUGGGGAGCUCAUGGGUCUCCUGGUGGUCUUUUUGCCGCAUUGACCACUUUCAGAUUUUUCUUAGGUAUUGCUAUUGGUGCUGAAUACCCCACGUCUUCUGUGAUCGCUUCUGAGUUUGCCAACCAAUUGCCUUCUGGUCAUAGAAACAGAUACUUUGUGUGGUUCACCGAUUUCAUGAUUGAUUUUGGAUUUGUGGUUUCUGCUUUUGUACCUUUGGUGUUGUUAUGGAUCUUUUCAACUCGUCACUUGACAGCAGUCUGGAGAUUGACCUUGGGUUUGGGGGUCUUCCCUCCUCUUGCUUUGUUUUUUAUGAGAUUGAAAGUAGCAGACUCCGAUGCGUUCAAGAAAAUGAACAUUAAACGGGUCAAGAAAGUUCCAUUCCUCUUGAUUGCCAAAUUCUACUGGUUCAGAUUGUUCAUUGUUUCCUUUAUCUGGUUCUUGUACAACUUCUCUGUCUACUCAUUUGGUACCUAUUCCAGUUAUAUUUUUGCUCAAAUCAUCCCUACUGACGCUGAUGGGAAUGCUGACUUGUACAAGACGUUUGGUUGGAACGUUGUAUUUAACUUAUUCUACAUCCCAGGUUCAUUUUUGGGUGGUUUGAUGGCUGAUUACUUUGGUCCCAGGUUGACAUUGGCUAUCGGAGUGGGAUUACAAGCUGUUGUCGGGUUCAUCAUGGCUGGUUGUUAUGAUUCUUUAGCCAAGCAUAUUGCUGCCUUUAUUGUGGUUUUCGGAAUUUUCUCUGCUUUGGGAGAAGUUGGUCCUGGUGAUAACAUUGGUUUAUUGGCAUCCAAAACUUCAGCCACUGCCAUUAGAGGAGAGUAUUAUGGGAUUGCUGCUGCUUGGGGUAAAAUCGGUGCUUUCGUUGGUACCUGGGUGUUCCCUGUUAUCAUUUCCCACACUGACGGUGUUAAGACCCCAAUUUUCAUUUCUUCUGGUUUCUGUGUCAUUUCUUGUAUUUUGGCGCUUUUCUUUGUCCCACCUGUUGGUCAGGAUGCCAUUAACAAGGAAGAUGAUGACUUCCUCAACUACUUGGUUGACAACGGUUUCGAUGUUUCUCAAUUGGGAGAAAGCGUUGAAAUCGAUGAGCAAGCUCAAAAAGAAUCCGAAGGCGACAGUGAUGUACAAACAGUCAACGAGAUUCUUGAUACCAAAAAGCAGUAACUGUUCAGCAAUCAUUUCUAAUAUUAUCAUAUGUACAGGUAUAAACUUAAUUCAAUUCAACUGUGU